GUCACUGCUGGGGUAUUUUCAAGAUGGCGCUGGACCGUGGCCGGGAUGCCGCUGCGGCAGCCGAACGUCGGGGGAUUUAAUUAAUCCUCCCGCCCCGGCGGCGACGUUAACUGCGCAGAACGGAGGAAUUAUCCGCGUUUUUAGGGCACCGGGGAUGAACGCGUUAGACCCAGCGAGCGUCAGGUAACGCCUGGCUAAAAUGGUAACCCCUUUCUCCGAGAACAACAAAACCUGCUGCUGCGGAGCUCGGCCGACGGGGCAGGGGCACUCGUUGCUCUCGCUGCAGGAUUUCACGACCGGGCCCGCGGCUCGCCUGGCGGACUGAGGGGGGUCAUGGAAAAGGAGAACGGAGGAGGGUCGUUUGCCUUCGACUUGAACGAGAACGAAGAAGGAGGUGGGGGAGGUGGCAAAGCGGGUCACAAAUCUUACACCGCACUCAAGGACCGCAGCAUAGCGCUGCUAGCCGGUGUCGGCGGGGGUCAGGAAUCUGGGAAGGGUCAUGUUUGUAUGACCGGUAACGGCAGGAAUGUAAACAGAGACGCCUCGGCACAACCGCCCCCACGCAAGAGCGAGAUAAUGUUGGAUCUGGUGGCGGGGGACAAGUACCUCCCCGGCCAGUUGACUGACAGCUGCGUAAUGUCGGAGGUCCGCGGCGACCACGGUGGCCUGAACGGAUUUACUGAGUCACUCGGUCAGGAGGAGCCGGCCACGGUCGCGCUGGAAGGAGGCGGUGGAGGAGUUGUGGGAGGAGGGCUCGGCCUCGCAGGGACCACAACCGCUUCCUGUCCAGCUGUGCUCGGGGUUCGGGUUUCAGCGGAGACUGGCCGACAGAUGCGGCAGCACCCCGCGGGGGAGAGGAAAGGGGAAGCCCCGAAUUCCGACGACGGUACCGCGGGAGAAGAGGCGACGGGCGGUGGCGCAGUCACCGGCCGUAUGAGGACUUCUCUCCCCCUCGAUCGGCUGCCGUGCACGGUGACGCACCAGCGGAACUGCGCUUGCACCGUGGCCGCUCUCCCGCGUCCAGCUGUAAACAUGCCCAACGGUGUUGUCGACAGCCCCGGGCACGGCGGUCCCGAAGCGGAUAUCUCUUUUUAUAGACCAGCGGGGCUGUUUUCCAGCCCGUUGCUGGGCCAGAGACUCGGUCUGUGCGACGUGGACUGUGAGGAAGUGAAGGUAGCCAACGGCGGUUUACACAUCAGAGCAACACGUGACUGUCCCGAUUCGGACUCUUCCCACGAAGUCGACACCGACUGUCAGUCCGACUUGCGGGCAAGGCAAGAAAACGGGACCGAGUCGGGUUUUUGUCCGGGGAGCCCAAGCGACUGCAGCGGGAGACUGGUCUCUCACUGCCCCGGGGAGGAUGCGCCAGCUGCGGCUGAACUCCGUCGCUCCACCAAGCCCUCCGCCACAGCCACCUCCAAGGACCCCCCCGCCCCGGGAUCAAGUGCCAAACUCCCCUCGCCCUGCCCGUCAACCCUCUCCAACCCGAACGGUGACAGCCCGCCCUCGGAACCCAACGCCAGGGAGGACGAGGAGGAUUUCAGUGACCUCACUUUACCCGUCAGGCCGCAGAGUUUGAGGACUAACCCCAACCUCGCGGUGUCCCUCAGCUGUGAUGCCACCCCGUUGUCUGCGGACGAGGAUGGGGGCUUUUAUUUUGGAGACGAGGGGUACGAGGAGGACUGUCGGAACGUUUUGGAAGCGGGUCGCAGGCAGAGCGCCCCGGACAAGCUUCCGGACCUGACCGAACAGACAGACAGCUCGGACCCCAAGCUGAUGCCCAAGAGGUUCGGCAUCGCCGAUUUCUUCACCAGGAGCCUAUUUUCUAGGAAAUCCAAAGAAUCCAAGGCACUGUCCCAUAAUGCAACAGGAUGGCGACUGUUUGGCAAGACAGCGGCCAGAGAGGGCGAUUCAACUAAAGGCCCCGCCUCCACAUUGUCCACACCGCAGGAGGAGCAGGUGAAGGACUCGGGCAUGUCCUCAUGUCCCCAGCGUCUCGCGGCUGCAGGGAGGAGGAAGAACCUGGAGUUUGAGCCUCUUUCCACCACAGCUCUCAUCCUGGAGGACCGGCCGGCGAACCUACCUGCCAAGUCUGAGGAGGAAACUCAGCGACACAAACUGGAGUACGAGGAGAUGGUGGCAGGGGCCAAGAGGAGAGAGUUGAGAGAAGCACAGAAGAAGAAGCAUCAGAUGAAGGAGAGACACAGACAGGAGGACAGCAUCUCCAACGCCAUGGUCAUCUGGAACAACGAGAUCCUGCCACACUGGGACACCAUGAAGGGAACGAGACGGGUCAGGGAUCUGUGGUGGCAGGGACUGCCUCCCAGCGUCAGAGGAAGAGUGUGGAGCCUCGCCAUCGGCAACGAGCUCAACAUCACACCAGAGCUGUACGAGAUCUUCCUGUCCAGAGCCAAAGAGAAGUGGAGGAGUUACAGUGAAACCAGUUCAGUCAACGACAGUGAGAGCGAUGGAGGGGCUUCUCUGGCUGACAGAGAGUCCAGUCUGGACCUCAUCAAACUGGACAUAUCCAGAACCUUCCCCUCUCUCUUCAUCUUCCAGAAGGGUGGGCCUUACCAUGACCUCCUCCACAGUGUACUGGGGGCUUACACCUGUUACAGACCUGACAUUGGCUAUGUCCAGGGCAUGUCGUUCAUCGCUGCUGUGCUGAUCCUCAACCUGGAGGAGGCCGAAGCCUUCAUCACCUUCGCCAACCUGCUCAAUAAACCCUGUCAGAUGGCCUUCUUCAGAGUCGACCACGAGCUGAUGUUGAAGUAUUUUGCAGCCUUCGAGGUUUUCUUUGAGGAGAAUCUGCCUCGUCUCUUCAGCCACUUCCAGGACAAAGACCUGACCCCCGACCUCUAUCUGAUCGACUGGAUCUUCACUCUGUACAGUAAGUCCCUCCCUCUGGACGUGGCGUGUCGGGUGUGGGACGUCUUCUGUCGGGACGGGGAGGAGAGUUUGUUUCGGACGGGGCUGGGUAUCCUGCGCCUGUACGAGGACGUCCUGCUGCAGAUGGACUUCAUCCACAUCGCUCAGUUCCUCACCCGCCUGCCGGAGGACCUGCAGUCAUACACGCUCUUCACCGCCAUGGCCCACACACACAUGAUCAGCAGAAACCGCCGCUGGGCUCAGGUGUUUUCUGCAUUGAUGAAGGAUGGAAAUAAAGAGGCAGACAAAAACACCAGCCCAGCUUUGAGAAGUCAACACUAGCUAACCUCCUCGCUAAGGCCAUCUUUCUUCAAACCAACGUCAAACGCCGGCCGUGAACCUCAGAGGUGAGUGCUAGCUCGCCCCGUCGGCACCGAAGCGGACAUCGGAGGCUAACCGUGCGGCUUGAAGCUACGUAGCCCGGAGACAAACUCUCACUCCGUGGGCUCGGCUACGAAGCUCGAAGCGAACACGAGCCAGACCUGAGGGUGGAGGCUGACGUCAGAGGCCGAGCGGAGCCGAGAGGAGCGGUUGGCCUGCGCGUCCGCGCCGGUGAAGGAAGAAGCGGCUCCAGCGGGAGCGGGAAACCAAAGUGGUCGGUCGGUUCUAAACUUCUACAGCCCUCGUCAGCAUUUCACCUGACAGAUAACGUUUUGAAGAAGCGGCCGGUUGUUUAAGCAGCAGUGUCACUAUUUCACCAGCCUACUCAAGGUGGAAAAUUAAAACUGACUUUCAGGUUGUGUGUUACUUCCCCUGCCGGCUGGGAGGGAAAAACCCACCGAACAGCCAGACUCAGUCUCCACGUCGGGACAUAAACACCACUAACACCGAGUAUUACGCCCUGUGCAAUUCUCAGAGACUCCAAUUCUAAGGUUCGGUGCUAAUGAUUUUCUAAAGGCUUCAUAAAUACUCCUCUGUGGUUUAAUUAUUAAUGUAGGUCCUUGUAGCUUUGAUUUCAAACUCUUAUUAAUUUGCUGCGUUUCUAGCUUGAGCCAGGCUGGACCUAAAAAUGAUGGGGAUCUGCACUAGCAUGUCUGAUGCUAAUAUACUGGUUGUAGAGGAUUAUUUAGCCUUUCACUUUAAUCUCGUAGCUUUUGAAUUUUUCAUCCCCAAAAAAAAAAAAAACCAAACAAAAAAAACGAACCCUGAACGUGGAAAGUUUGGGUGAGAGUGAAGCUCAAAGACAAAAGUCAUUGGACAUUUUUACGACGUACAACUUUUUAAACGUUAGCAAAGAAUCAAAUGUCUCCUCAGUGAUCCUAAUCCAGUAAAACCAAAAUGCGACUGAACGUUUUGUGACUGAUGUGUUUACAGGAAGUUAAUUAUUCAGUCUUUUCUACAUGCGUUAAAUAAUUUAAAACGUCACCCCGAAUAUAAACAUCAAAGAGUCAGGGAGGGUAACAAGGGCGGAUGAUUAUUGAUGGUAGACGUAAAAAUUCACAGUCACUGCUGAGGUCACUUCCUGUGUUCUCCGACCCAGUCACCAGUUACUUCUGCUGUUAAUUCAUCGACAGUGAAAAGUGGAUUUCUUCAAGUCAAAAUUAUCCGUAAAAAAUCUCGUGGAACCACUUUGAACCACAGCGAGCCAACAGUAAGUGAAGACGCACGAGCGUGGGGCCGGCGCCGUUCAGUGUUUCGAGGAUCCAGAUUUACUCCCAGAGCACUUUAUAUCUGCAGCACUGAAGCUACGUCACGGCUUUCAGAGGCGCAAAAGACUCUCGUAAAACUGCAGAGCGGGUUCAUUGACGGGCGCAAUGAGUGACUCGUUGUUUCCUGUCAGUUGUUAGAGGGGAUUGAACUAGACGACCGAGAUUUGCUCCUUAGAGCGGAUUACAUAGCAGCUUUAUCCUGGAGCAACAGUACUGGCUUAGCAUUUAUCUUUGACUAGUUUUGGCUUGAAACUGAGGCUUUUCAGUCUUUGUAGCAGAACUCUUUCUUUGCUGUGAAAAUGCAGGUAAAAAUUUCGGUAUUUUUUACUUAAUAGCCCCGUGAGAGUGGUUAUACACUUGACUUUACCGUGUCGGCGGCAGAACGUCGUCCUCUAGAAGUCCGCUCACUCACUAGAAUGUUGCGGCAGACGACGUUUUUCCUUCCAAACUUUCCUCCACUGUUGUUGUGGUUUGUUCAGAGUCUGCUGGUAACCUCACGUUACAUCCCGAUGCGAUUUAAUUAAACCACGUAGGCUGAGCGGAAACAGCCAGUCGAAUAAUGAAUUAGCUGUUCGAGAGAAAAUGAAUCAGCGAAUCCUUUGAGUCACUUUUCCGGCAUAAAUGCCAAACAUUCUCCGAUUCCGGCUCCUUAAACGUGAAGAUUUACUGCCUUUGGACAGAACAAGACAACCUACGCUCUGGGAAAUUCUUUUGGACAUUUUUUUUAUUUAUUAUUUUCUGGCAUUUUAUAGAUUUAACAAUUAGGGCAGCAAACUACCGAUGACUGUCAUUAUCGAUUGAUCUGCCGGUUAUGGUCCGGAUGAAUUUUGUUCUUAAAAAAAAGUCGGAAUUGAUUUCCCAGAGCACACGGUGAUGUCUUCGAAUUAGAACUGCAACGAUUAGUUGAUUAUUUUUCUACCGAUCCAGUAAUUGAUUAAUCGGCGACCAUUUUGAUAAUCCAUUGAUUUGUUUUUUUUUUUUGCCUGAAAAAAGACUCAAAGAUUUUCUGCUUUUCUGUUUUAUAUCUUUGUAAACUAAAUACCUUUGGGCACCUUGGACUCUGAUGGACAGAUACAUUGACUAGGUGAUAAAUUGAGAAAAUAUCGAAAAUAAUUGCUGGUUGCAGCCCUAUUUUCAAAUUGCUUGUUUCGUUCGACCGACAGUCCAAAAGCCAAUGAUACUCAUCUCGCUUAGAAACAAUCAGUCUGUUACCUGAAAAUGAGACCAUUAGUUGGGAAAACAAGAGCAGAUUAGUGGACGAUCAAGAUAAUGGUCUGCUGCAGGCCUAACACUCUGAAGGAAGAAAGGACGCACGGCCUGUCGUCAUGACAAGUGCUGUAAAAUAGUGACCACGGCAACAAGCAUCAAGCGCGUCCCCACGUGCUGAAAGCACCGAAUGCAUUUCUUAAACCUGGAUUAUAAUCUCAGACACAGGAAUUCGCCGCAUGUUGAAGUGCUUCACAUCAGCUCCGGCUCUGUUGUAUUUAACACUCCUUUGAUUUACACACACUAUAAAGUAACCAUUUCAUCCCUACCUCUCGAUAACCAUCCACAAACACACUACGCGUUUGAACGCACACACGCACAUACACUACUGACGAUGAAUACUUUCCACUCACCCACCAGCAAAUGAGCAGGCCUUGAAAACCGCGGCCCAAGCGGCCACUUGCAGCUCGUUGAAGCGGGAAACUCACCCGACAACGAGCGACCCUGGAAGAAGUGGUGGAGAGACAGGAGACACAAAGAGCUUGGUGAGGCAACAGAAACAGUGAAGGAAUUGACAGCAUUUUCUCUAAAUUAUUAAAAGAAUAUUUAUUUAUUUUUAAGUUCUACACCCAGUUUUUUGUUUUAAAUGAAACCUAAGUUACUGUUGUACCAGUUUGUUCUUUUUUUUUUUUUAAAUUUCAAACCAGACAGAAAAAUGGUAUCGCACACUGUGAAGUAGUAAAGAGCAACAAGGCAGCAGCAAACGGACAAAUCUGCAUUGAACCAGGUCCAGACUGUGGCUCCGCUGUUGUGUCGAACAGUAGAAAGGGACUUUAACGACGGCCGAGUAUCCUGUCAGACCGAGAGCCGUUGAGUUAACCCCUCUCUUUCAUCCGGCCUUUUCCAGACCUGCAGGCCGCUUAUUGUCUGCUGAGUUUUUUUCUGCAUCGCAACGGCGUUACGUCACAUAACUCGGUAAAUAAGGGUUUGUCGUCGUCCAUCAGCCAACCAGAAGCCAGUACACGAGUCCCAGCUGACGAACCAGUAGGUAUCAGUGUUGUUUCUGUGUGUUUGUGCGAACCUCCAGACGCUGCGUAGAAGCGGUUUAGAUUCUUUCCCUUUGCUUCAAGGGAAAAAUACGAGUUCAGGCAGCGUGAAAACUACAGAAACUCCCAGUCUCUUGCUUUGCACCAGGACUCAGCCACAUGCCCGUUCUCAGCCGCCGAGGAAGUGUGUGUUCAAAAUAGAAUUAAAAAAAAAACGGAGACCGGGAAUGAAGUCAGACACUAAAUUCAUGUUGCCCAGACUAACUAAUGGUAACACGUGUGUAGGAAACACAGUUGGUUUCAUAUUAACUGCAAAGUCACAUAAUAAACACGUGCAUCAUGUCCAUGAAGGGGCCUCAGUGAAAAGAUGCUGUGAAAAGAUAGAAGCCGCGCUCUCCGAGUUAUUCCGAGGUGUUACUGACUCACAAAGACUGGUAGUUAUUGAGUUCCGGCAAGAACCUUACAACCAGUUCGCGGUUCAGUUAAUACUGAAUCAGAGUAAGCAGGAUUUUAAUAAAAUCAAAAACAUGAACAGGAGCUGUUGUUUUCCAGUUACACUAAUUACACUGAGAGCAAUGCUGCUCAAUAAUGAACUGGCAGUAAUGAAGAAAAACAGGCUCAACUGUUAAUGAAAUCAUUUCCCAUUAGUGUAAGGACAGUUUGCAGGUGAUAGUUUUCACAUUAACGAACAGUUUCUUCUCCAGCUUCUAUUAAUCCAACUCAAAUCUUCUUUUCCUUUUUGGCCUCGAUUACAGAAACCUUGUUCUACUCUGGACUUUGGGACAAAAAGGUCCAUUUGUUUUCUUAGCAAACUUGUUUUUGAAUCUUUAUUUUCAACACAUCUGUGAGUUUUGGGGCGGCACAAGUUAAACGCGUUACUUCUUGACACAGAGCCGAGGCGGGUCAUUGCUCGAUGGACCGAUUUCCAGUUUGUCUUACGGAUCCUGAAAAUAUUCUCACCCCUCAAAGCUGAAGAUGAAAAUCGCCAGAACUGAAGUCAGGUGGUUCUUUGACCACAGUGGUGCCCAUUUUACAGCGUUUAAAAGUAACUCUCAAUUUCAGUGGCAACCGAUGACCAAGCUUAAGAUGAAGUGUUUAACCACAAGGGGAAACAUUUAAAGCCCUAGGUUCAACACACAGUUCUUCAUGUGUUCAUGACAUGUCUUGUUUAGUUUUAGGGCUUUUUCAAGGACAAACUAUAUUGAAGGAAAAUUUUAGAUUUAUCCUGUAGAUUUUUAAGAUUUUGUUCUGGUAUAAAUAUACAAAAUAUUUCUCUGGAUGUUUGUCGUCAUGUCAGUGGAUUAGAAGUUUUUGCCGUUUUUUCCUGAGAAUCUGUCUAAUGUCAGUGGAUGGACCCAGCUGUUAAAUGGCAGGGAAAGUCUGGAACAUCACACAUCGGACACAGAAACAAUUUUACAGAU